UUUCUUUUCUUUCCAGAGAUUUUCAGAGUGGUUAGCACAAAUUAAACCUUAUUUAGUACUUACCUCAUGGUGCAGUCUCUACUCUCUAGUACUCCCAUAAAAUUAAAUAAAAAGUAAAGACUUAGUGAAAAUUUGAGCCGUGAGGGACAUGGGGGACAACCCCACAUCCUCAAUAAACAAAUAAACAACAACAUGAAUGAUUUGAAGAUUGAGUUUUGAUAGAUAAAUUACUUAUCUAUCAUCAAUUUAUUUUCUCUUACAUUCUUCGCAGUUCACAACUUCACAGCGACAGCAUCAGUUGCGACAAUGUCUUUGGCAACACCACCAAGUGCAGAAAGUUUAUGUGAGAGCAGCAGACUUGUUACAGUAAAUUUAGACACCAGUCCUCCCACUGCUAUACCGUAUGCUGCAGCUCUUGCUCGCACCAUCAGCGAAGACUCUCCUGAUCCUCGCAUCCAGGUUGAGUUGGAACGUCUCAAUAGCUCAACUGACACAAUCAAUAAAUUGGAAGUGGAGCUGGAUGAAGCUCGGAUGGUCUUUCGUCAGCUGCUGGCCGAUUCCACUCAGCGAAUAGACCUGCUAAGCAAGAAGUUAGGCAAGUGUGUGCAGCAAGCUCGCCCUUAUUAUGAUGCCAGAAUAAAAGCUAAGCAGGCAAUGCAAGAGAUGCAGUGUGCCUGCGUGCAGUAUGAGAGGUCUGUUAGUGAACACAAUGCUGCCCGUGAGAUGGUCUUCUUGGCAGAAGAAGGACUCAUGCAGUCUGGUGCUGCCUUCGACCACACUUGGCAAGAGAUGCUCAAUCAUGCCUCGGCUAAAGUGAAUGCUGCUGAGAAGUCUAAGCACGAGUGCGGGCUGGCGCACCAACAGUCGCUGCUGCGCUAUGAGGAAACCGAGGCGCGUGUACAGCAGCUCCAGGUGCAGCUCAAGCGUGCCAUCGCUCGCUCGAGUUUGAACACCCGUCGCAGCCUCUUGCAAAUCAGUAGUCUGGUGCGUCUGCAACAACUGCACCUUUUACCAUAUUUUGAGGCCAAAUCUCAAGUGAACCAGCAGCUGGAGUGGCAGAAGCAGCGCGUGCGGCAGCUCGAGCGAGAAGUUAGCGACGCCAAAGAUACGUACGCCUCCGCCCUGGCCAUGCUCGAGAACAUCUCGGAACAAAUACACAAGAGACGUGCGAGCGCGCAGGUGUUGGGCGUACGAGGUGUGGGUGUUGGCGCCGAGUCUCCCUCCCCUUGUUCCAGGGAGCGCAGUUUACUGCUCUCCAGGGGCGUCACCAACAAGCACGACGCUGCCGCCCUCCACGCGCCGGUUACCUCAACUGAUGCCCACGAUACUAGAGAGACAUCUACGUCUUCCUCUUCGGCUAUCAACCUGACUGCCGCAACCACUGAGGAUGGUGGCUCAGUUUCUACAUCUUCAAUGGCUUUUCAGAAAAAUAUCUGCCAAGAAAAAACAGUUUGUGGACUUGAAGCGGUUGGGAAAAGUUUCCCAGCUGAUGAGCUUGGUUCGACCGAGACAUCUUCUGACCUCAGAUUCGGCGAAGAGGAACGUUGUGACCAGACUGUCGAACCCCAAGUGGCUCUAGCAUCGUUAUCGGAGUUAAGGAACCAGCAACAGCUACAAAACCAUCCACAACACCAACCAGAGCAACAGCUACCGCAGCCUGAGCAGUCACAGCCUGCGCAACCACAGCAGCAGGCACAGCAGCUGUGCACACACGUCUGCAGCAGCCUGGGCGGGGAGUUGUCAGGCUGGCAGCUCGUGGGGGCGCCGCCCCUGGACGCGUCAGGCGUGGCGCUCUCCCUCGUCGACGACGCCGUGAUCUCAGACUCGGAGAGCCUCGCCAGCAUUGAGAUGUUGAGUGACGACGCCAUCGCCGGCUUGAUGUUGGAGGAGGACCUUCCUGACGCCAGCAACUUGGCUGUGUCCUCGUCCACGCCUUUCCUGACGCCCCUGCAAGAAGCAAAUAUUGGGGGCGAGAGCUGCGAGACUGCAGAUGCUGCUGACAGCUCCGCAGCUGAUCCCGACAGCUCAGCAGCUGCUGCUGACAAACCUGACGCAUCGCCUGCCGUCACAUCAUCGACUGUCGCUGGUGCCGCUCCUAUGUCUGCACCAGAUCCUAGUGCGAACACUUCUCGUUGUACUGAGGGCGAACAUGUAGCAGCAGUAGUUGUGUCUUCGCGGCCGUCGUGCACUAGCCAUGAUCUGAAGGAGUCAGCGCCAUAUUCUUCCGAGGCUUUGCUUUCAAAGAUUGAUACGAUGAUCACAGCCGCUGAGAAUUUGCAAAUCAGGCCAGAAAGAAGCAACGUUUCUAGUGAAACUAAAGUAAUGGAAUCAGCAGUAACCAUUGUCUCCCAGGAUUCAAAGCAUGACAGAAACUGCACAGCGAAAGACGCAAUGUCGCUGGGCUGCAGGUUAAACCCAACAUCUUGUGGCACUUCUCCGAGCAGCUCCUCAGGCAUGCACUCCCGAAGUCCCUCCAAGUCCCCUACGAGGCCCUCAAGUCUCCCUUUAGCCACUCGUAACCAUCCUGCGGGCCGCAGUGCCGCCGCUUGCUUCGUACCUGUCAAGUCCCGCGCUGAGGCCCGCGGUAGAGCAGAGACCGUUAUCCUCCCGCCUGCCGAGGACGGAUCCAGCGAGGGGAGCAGCAACAGUAACUCCUGCGAGGGCAGCGGCUCCAGCGAGAACUCGAGCAGACGAGACCCUCGUCAGGAGGCCGGGCUCAGCCGGAGCGCCUCCAAAGACUCGGCUGGGACGUGGUCCCCGGAGCUCUCCACUCCCGGCUAUGCUCCCCUCCAAGAUGCCGUCGAGUCCCCCUUCUCCCAGCCGCCCCCCAGCUACCCGCCCCCUCCACCUCCCAGGAACUUAGCCAGCCAGGCGGCUGACUAGAAUGCACAGCUCCCCUUAGUGGCACUUGCAGUUGUGUGUCAUUUUUCCCUAGUCAUUUUGGUAAUAUUUCUGUGAAAUUUAUCUCGUAGGUAUUCUGAUAGUUGCCAAAUUUAAUGUGCACUUAGCUGAUUAAAAUUUAUGUACGAAAGUGGUCAAAGAAACAAGAAACGUUAUAGAAAAUUGAAGCUCCUAAUUUGCAAGCCUUGCAGCAAGAGUUAGUUCAUUGAAUAAAAGCUUCGAUCCACGUGCUAACUAUAUGUUCAACUAGGGCAACUAUCAUGAAAGUAUUAUAGUAAUUUGUAAUCUACGAGGUUAGCGUGUAAUUUGAGCAGGUCUUGUUAUUAAUUGUUUCGUUCCUUAAGCUAUGAAAACUUUGAUAUUUUUCCUUGCGACCAAUGCAUGACGUGUUGGCAUGUUGCCGGGCGUUUAGGUCUGCUUUUUUUCUCGCGAACAAAACGCUUGUCCGAUAAGCGUUUCGUCUUGAAAUUAAUUUAAAAUUAAUCAAUUGAUGCGUCAGGCGACGAAGCUACUUCUUAUUAUAUUACAAUUAUUAUGGUAGGUAUGGAAAAAUUAAUAUCUUAAUUUCAUUUCUUGAUUUCUUAUAUGAAACGAAGUCUUUACGCACUAGUUAUCAUCACAUGUUCCAGGUAACGAUCGUCAGUAUUUAUCUGCGCUAGUUUAUUUUCAUGUGCGUCCUAUUGACAUAUGCGAGACAACAUCUUGAUUGCAACCGCUGAAUUUCCUAUUUUUGAGGUAAUGAAUUUUCAGGUGGAAGUGGCGAGCAGGCUCGCUGAAUUUAUGCACUCGUUUCAGCCGCUCGUCAAGUCCAUAGCCGAGAAUCUUGAACGGUUAAUAUAGUCACUAUAGAACACUGUCUUCAUACCAUCACAUUACACUUACUUCUGCUCUUGCACCGUCGCUGCGAGUAGUCUUGGUAUGAGGUUAAAUUGGGUUUCUUCAAAGGACAUGUGCAAAUAAUUAUAUUUUUUGUCUAAGACGAAAUUGAAAAUUUUUACCUAAUCUUUUUUGUUAUCAGAGUUGUUACUUAGGUCACGUAAAACACAUUCCAUUGCCAUCAAUUUUAAUUAAGAGGAAUUAGCGUGUCUUGAUUAUAUUGUAUAUCCAGUGUGUUGUUUGGUCCGUGCUGUGUUGAGUGUAUUAUCUUACUGCUAAGAUGAUAUAUCCAUAGAAAAUCUAGUCUGGUCUACAGUGUAGCGUCUCAUGUCAGCGUUGUUAAUUAGCUUCGUAUGAGGAGGGGAUGCAUAAGCUUGACUCAUGUCGUAGUAUGUGACGGCUAUGUUAUUUAAUGUGCUACCUGGCAUGAAGGAUACGAUCCCAAACAAUUUUUUUUAUUUUCGCUCUAGUGCCGGCGUCACCAAAGUGGAUGUUAUUUACCUCUGAGUGUAAUUUUCAACUUUUUUCUGGGUAAUAGGGAUUUAGAAAUUAAUGAAAGUAUUUAAUGUGAUAAUUUCAACUUACGUUGACGACAUGGAAGGGACAACAAGGCACGUAAAUCAGGCAGAACUGCCCUUGAGUCGUGAGUUGCUCUCUUACGUUCUUCGGAAUCGUGGUUAAUUUGAUGUAUUUCGUAUUUGUUGGAUUGCUUCUUAUUGGUGCCAAAUUUUUGUCAUUUAUGAAGCUGGUAACAUAGAUCGAUGCUAGAUUUGACACCGACAAGCGUCCACAACUGUUGGACGAAGGCUAGUUUGCGCAUAAUACAAAUAGGUUUUAGGCUCUGCCAUUUUACGUUUAUAUAAAGUAUAAACCAUCUUAGCCAUCAUUUGCUACCUCAAUGUAAUGGAUUUUUAUUCAUUAGCUCUAUUACACCGUUCCAGGUUCCGUAAUUUCUUGAUUUUCUUAUAAAUUUUGUUACAUUGCUUUAGGUCACAUCCCGUACUUGCUUCCAAAGGCCUGUUACUGAAUAUUGGAUAGAUAACGCCUUACCUUCGAAGUAAACGACUCAUUCUCUGCUGUGUAGGGCCAUUGAAGCGCUUAAGCCGUUAUUUUCAUGUGACCAUCGAUGACCUACGCUGUCCAACAAACAAACGAUUCUAUGAACGUUAACGUCUGAACUAACGUUACUAAGAAAUUGCAUGUUCAAAACAACGUUACUAAGAACCUGGAUAUCCAGAACGUUGCUAAGAACUUGGAUAUCGAAACUACGUUACUAAGAACCUGGAUAUAAAAAAUAUGUUACUAAGAACCUGGAUAUUCAAACUAUGUUACUGAGAUCGUGGAUGUAAAAACCAACGCUGGUAAGUACUUGGAUGUUCAAAAGAGUGGAUCUCAUGCAGUGUUUUCAAUUAAUAGAAAAAUUCGAACUUUUGGUUUGGGUGUAUUUUCUGCGCAUUGGCACUUGUUAAUAUUUGUAAACUGUAAACUGUCUUGCAGAUAUUCUGUUGAAGAUAUGACGUGACAGUUCUCAGGACUUGAAUGAAAUCUUAGAAACUAUCAAUACAUUGGUCUGGUUUUCUCUGCUUCUUUUAGUAGAAGAGGAUAACAUUACAAACUUGUUACUAUUUUUUAGAGCGUUUAUAUCAUGAGUGAAUUCUCAUAAUUGUUAAUUACUGAAGGUGUAAAAAGUUGACGCCAUAUUCGAAAUACAGCCUUGGUCGACGAGCAUCCGAAGAUAGUACGGGCUAUUAUACGCAAUGGUUGAACUAUAUACUAGUUCAACCAUGAUUGUACGCUGUCCAUCAUGGAUGUCUAGUCUUACGUUCAAGGGAUGUCGUUAAUUGUGAAUUUCUGGAAGGGUGUCAGGGUAGUUUUUUUUCCCUAAGAUCUGUUAGUUACUUCUGUGCUUAUUUUUAAAACAAUACAUUACGCUAACAAUUUAGGCCGAUAUACUAGUCAUUAUAUGCGCUUCAUGGUGGCAGCAAGCUUAUUUAAUACUAGAUACUGCAAUAUGGAAAAAAAUAUGGCACUUAUUUCUUACGGCAUCGCAGUUCCAAUUGGGUUCAUCUAUUGUUAAAAAUACAUGUAUACUUUUUAUUAUCAGUAAAAAUGAAUUGAAGUAA